AUGGCAUGGGACCUCCUCGAAAAGGAACCUCUUUUCGAAACAUAUGAGAACGAGUCCCAAGAGUACAAUGAUGCCCGCCAACUUGCAGCAAUGACAGUUCUCAUGGGUCCGCCACCUCGCGAAUUCCUAGAGAAGAGCCCAGCAACAAGAAAAUACUGGGAUGAAAACUUCGACCGGGCUGGCCAGUCUUCCCUCCGAACGAACGUUCGAGUCUCUAGCCACCACUUGAGACGGCGAAGAUAA